AAAAAAUAAAAAAAUAUGAAUUACAAGCCGAAUUUGAAGAUGGACAGCACUUCUGGGUCAUUUAAGAAAUAAGAAUAAACUUUAUCCUUAGAAAGCACUUUAAAAUCAGAUUAUUCUGCUAUCAACACAAAACCAAAUUUUGCAAGCAAACCAUCUUUCAAUAUUCGCAACCGCUCAACUCAGCCAUAAGAAUAAGAACCUUAGUUAACAAGCACUAAAGAAGAUUUCUUUAAAACAGGGUCAUUUUAAGAGAAAGUACCUCUAAAAGAUAGAAUCUAACGAUCAGAUGAAAAGAAAAAUACAGCUCCCCUUAAUCAAGGACUUUAUUUACCUGGAUAAGAAGAGCUUUUUAGGAAAUAAAUAUAAGUUGAAAAGAAGGAAGCAUAAUAACCUUAAGAAAAAAAGGAAGUUUAAUAGGGUAAACAAACUUAAGCGGAUUCUUAUAAUCCAUCAAUAGGUUCUUAGAAUAAACGUGAAGCAGCAUUAUUAGGUUCAAAAAAUGCAAUUGAAAACAAACUAGCUGUUGCUGAUCAGACUAAAGUGUAAUAACAACUUGGUAUUGUAUAUGGUAAUACAAUUAGAGGAAGCUGAACCAAUUGAAGAACUUGAAUUAAUACUUUGUCCAGAGGGUUGUGGAAGGCAAUUUAAAUAAGAUGUUUUAGAAAAGCAUACAAAAGUAUGUAGACAAGUAUUUCAACAAAAAAGAUAAGAAUUUAAUUCCAAACAAGCUAGGAUAGUGUCAAAUGAUUAAUAAAAGUUAUAACGACAAGGUUAAAUAAAGGAGAAGUAGCUAUAAAAGAAAUAAGGAAAAGCUCCUCUUGAUCCUAACUGGAAAAAACAAUCUGAAGAGUUGCGUAAUUUAAUAAAAGAAUAGAAGUAAUAGCAAUGA